GCUCGCUCCUCUUUCUAGCUCAGACUGCCACCACUGGGGUCAUUUCCAGACGCCAGGCCAUGGCAGAAGCAGCCAAGAUGGACGCCGGCUGCACAAUGGGACUGAGUGUCACGGUCUUUGUGAUGGCCCUCCUGCUCUCUGGUGCUGCUUCCCUUAGGAUACAGGCUUAUUUCAACAAGACUGCAGACCUGCCAUGCCAGUUUACAAACUCUCAAAGCAGAAGCCUAAGUGAGCUGGUAGUAUUUUGGCAGGACCACGAGAGGUUGGUUCUGUAUGAGCUCUUCUUAGGCAGAGAGAAACCUGACAAUGUGGAUCCUAAGUACAUUGGCCGCACAAGCUUUGACCAGAACAGUUGGAACCUACAACUUCACAACGUUCAGAUCAAGGACAAGGGCGUGUAUCAAUGUUUUGUCCAUCACAGAGGGGCCAAAGGGCUGGUUCCCAUCUACCAGAUGAAUUCUGAGCUGUCAGUGCUUGCUAAUUUCACUCAACCGGAAAUAACAUUAAUUUCUAAUAUAACAAGAAAUUCUGCCAUAAAUUUGACCUGCUCGUCUGUACAAGGCUACCCAGAACCUAAGAAGAUGUUCUUUGUGCUAAAAACUGAGAAUGCAACCACUGAGUACGAUGGCGUCAUGCAGAAGUCUCAAGAUAAUGUCACAGGACUGUACAGCAUUUCCAUCAGCGGAUCUAUCGCGUUCUCAGAUGAUAUAAGAAACGCAACCAUUUACUGUGUCCUGCAAACUGAGUCCACAGAGACACACUCCCAGCAUUUCACUAUAGUGCCUGCGGACCCCAUGCCAGUGGAAAAACCAAGGCUCUGGAUUGCAGCUGUGGCUCUCACCCUGAUCGUUGUGUGUGCGAUUGUGUUGUUUCUAACACUGUGGAAGAGGAAGAAGGAACAGCAGCCCGGUGUCGCCUGUGAGUGUGAAACCAUCAAAAUGGAUAAGGCAGAGAAUGAGCCUGUGGAGGAAAGAGUAAAAAUCCACGAACCUGAAAAAUUCGGCAAAGCAGCCAAGUGUGUUCAUCGUUUGAAGACACCCUCAAGUGACAAAAGUGCUGCACAUUUUUAAUUAAAGAGUAAAAUCUAUAUUCAUAUCCACUUUUUAUACACUUUCUUCUGCAAGUUUUUGGUCAGCCUUUUAUAUUUCUCCCAGAAGGCAAGAAAAUAUUACCAUUGGUGGUAGUGGGAGCUCCAGGACUCUAAGUGAAACAGCCUCAUUACAGUGCUAGCUCUGUUCCUUAUGCCAGGAGCAGAUCUUACUUCUCUAACUGCUUCUUAUAAUUUCUGAGCACACUGUGGGCCAAGCUCCCCUAGGUCAGUCCUGGUCUUGGGAAAAUGGUUAGGACCAAUGCCUUCUGCUUCAUAUUGGAUUCCUCUCUUAAUUGUAUGUCAUGUUUUCAUAGAGAACUCCCAGUCCCUAGAAUUCUGGCUUUUGUCUACUUUGAAUUCUAAGGUGGUGCCUCAUUUCAUCUUGUCUGCCUGAGACUGAGCAACUACCUCUUCAGUCAGGGGGGAGUUAUAUACUAUGACUUUAUAGUGUUAGUAUUAAUAUUUUGAUAUAAUAUAAUCAUCUGAUUACUAUGCUCUAGAAGUCUGCUCCUGUUAUGGAGUACUUGUCCCUCUGUUUCAAGGUCAGUAAGGGAAAUAGUAGCCUUCUAUACAGGCAAGAAUGAGCAGCCAACCAUAAUUGUGGGAAAUUAGGAACCUUGGCGAUGGAACCAACCUGGAUCCUAGAACCACUCCCAUCUGGGCUGUUGCUAAUAUUGAGGAAAAUCCACCUGCCCAUUAAGCUCUGAAUAAGCCUUAGCAGAGAGCACUGAAUACAGCAGGAGAGUGCUGGACUGUGUCAGGGGAGCCCCCAGUCUAUUCUUGAAAAACUGACUCAGAUGAUGAGUCAAAUACUCAGAGGGAAAAAAAGAAAGAUCUCAACCAACAGACACACAUGCAAUGUCUGGUCUGUCUGGUCCUUCUAUAAGCCUUGGAACAAGCAAUGGAGACCAUCUGCCCAAAUGGACUUAGAUAGCAGUUUCGCUGGUGACUGGUGAAGGGUUUUGAUGAGACCCAAGCUUCAUGAUGAUGUUUCAUCUGGCUGGAAGCACAGCUGUGGAGGCACAGCUGUCAUUUUGACAAUGGGAUGACCUGAAGAAGGCUGAGGAUCCUUACCACUCCCAGUUGAGAGAAAGAGCUGGAUUACAAGAGCAGGACACUAAUCACCCCGAAGCUUUCUUGGCAUGCAGAUGUCCCAAGCGGAUAUGGAAUGGUCCAGAAUAAGGUCAGUGCACUUGAGUUUGAGACUGUGUAUGUUCAAGACAAUGACACAGAAACCGUAUACAAGAGAGGAAUAGUCUGGUAGAGACAAAUUAGCAACCUUAACUCCAAGGUGGCAUCAGCAAAAGAUGGAACAGCCUCAUUCCAAACCUAAAGAAAACUUUGGGAGGCCCGGGCCACAGAAUUAGUUCUUUAUAUUUUACAUAAAGGACCUCUGAGGGUUGUAGACAGCUGUGCUAGUCGUGUGCAUCCGUGUAAAAUCACUGUUGUGCUCCCUGCCCCUGCCUUCAUUGGACUCCUAGCACCUGGCUGGUU